GCUGAGGCCCGUGGCGAACACAAGGUAACUUCCGAGGAGAACUUUCAUCAAUUUCUGCUGGAAAUCGCGCUUUUACGUGAACGAGUUGUGCAUGGGAAGAGUCUCUCGGUUCGAGUGCGUCGUUUGCUAACGCGAUGGUCCGUGCGAACGUUCUGGCCUCGGCCUUGAAUGCCAUCAACAACGCCGAAAAGCGUGGCAAGCGCCAGGUCCUCAUCAGACCGUGCUCGAAUGUCAUCAUCAAAUUCUUGAAAGUAAUGAUGAAGAAGGGCUACAUCGGAGAGUUCGAGGUUGUCGACGACCAUCGCUCGGGCAAAAUCGUCGUCUUCCUGAACGGACGUAUCAACAAAUGCGGAGUCAUCUCGCCCCGCUUCGAUGUACCCAUCCGGGAUUACGAAAACUGGAUGUCUUCAUUGCUCCCCUCCAGACAGUUCGGAUACGUCGUCAUGACCACAUCCGGAGGCAUCAUGGACCACGAAGAGGCCCGUAGCAAGCACUUGGGAGGGAAGAUCCUUGGCUUUUUCUACUGAAUAAAGAAUGAGUUUGGAUGAGGAU